GGUGGAAAGGUGUCUGGAAAACGAUUGGAAAAUUUACAAACUUUCACUUUUCACUUCCAAGGCGAUGGAACCCUCACUGACUGCUCAUCCCAAAAUCUGAUAACCUUCAGCUGCUAUGGACCAGUGAAAAACCCAUGGUAUAUAAUCCAGCUCUGAGCAAUCCAGAUAAGAGCUCCAUUCUGAGAGGUCCAGACUUCAUCGAGCUUUUAAUCGAAAUCAUAAAUCAGUUGGUAUUCCGUUGUACUCGUGACACAUCACGCCAUAGUCUUAGAAUAUGUUGAAUAUUUUCAUUAUCGUGUUGGUUUUUAUUAAUUUUUCGGAGAAUUUGACGGCAGUUUCCGAUUACUACGAAGACCAGGAGUCGUGUUUUGUGUCAAGGGAGCUGGAAGAAGAAUGCGCUGCCGUUUGCUAUCCCACUGUCAAGCCAUUGCUUAAAUACGUGGGAAUAUGCCAGCAGAAGGAUCUGAAAAUGCAAGACAUGCAGAACCAACUUCAAGCCAAAAAUUUCGAUGUUACCAAAUGCAAAAGUCAAGUAGAAAUACUGCAUAAACAGUUGGGAGAUGAGCGAAGUUCUACUGGACUAAGGCUAGACAUAAAAGAAACCCUCGAUAGGGUGCAGAACCUCAGGGUGGAACUGAGUGGGGAAUUGGAAAAGCUAUGCAGACAGAAAGACAAUACCAUCAAUGACCUGCACGAUGAUAUUGAGAAAAUGAAGAAGCAACUGGAGAGCAAAAAUGAAUUACUGGAACAAAAGGAGAAAACCAUUAAGGAAAAGGAUGAGAUCCUAAAACAGAAGGUGGAAUACUAUAUUAGGCAGAAGCUGGAUAAUGUCGGGCCAAAAGGCUGUCGGACAUCCAGCCGCGAGACUCAUGCGAUACAUUUACCUGGGGAAGAGGCAUCUGGUUGGACAGUCAUUUUGCAAGAAAAUGAGGGAUUGGCGAGGCUAAACCAAAAGCUUGAGCAAUAUAAAGAGCAAGGUUUCAACGACACAAAUGGUUCCUUUUUUAUCGGCCGGAAGAAUAUGUAUCUGAUGACAAAUGCAACGCCACACGAAAUUCUUAUCAAAGUGAAACUUGCGAACGGUUCAAUCGCACCUGUUCAAGGCAUUAGCUUCAACAUGGAAGAAGAAUCCUACAAAAUCAAGUCGAUUAAUAAUUAUUUAGGAUACAGAAAAUACUCAAUCGUAGAAAUGGUAGCGAUUAUGUCGAUGAAUACUUUUAUGAAGCGCCAAAUAAAGUUCUAUUCCCCUAACUGGGAGCAACUGACCAUUAUGAUUAGAUGUCGCACAGAGGGGCCGCCUUCGACCUUCUCAGCUUGCAAAAUUAAUAAAUAUUAAACGAAUCAAGAUAUUUUAAUAAAAUAAAAAGCAUAUAAA